CCAGUUCUUCAUGGUUGGCAAUAUCAACUGCGACGCAGUUCCCCAGUGGAAAACAUGUUUAAGGAAGCUCACAUAUUUAUUUUUGUUCAGUGUUUGUACAUCUUGUGUAACCCACUGGGUGGCUUAUUUCACAAACACAGCUGGAAAUAUUUCUCUUAAACUAUUAAUAAGGAGCUUCUAAUAGAGAUCAAAUUCAUCCUGUUUAAGUCAUAAAAUGUUGAGCUCAAGUUUGUCUGGAUCUCUGCUUUACCGUCUAGCUGUUAUAGUGGCAGUCGCUGGUCUCUUCUCCCUGAUCGCCAUGUUUGCAUGGACUUCACCACUGACUGCCUGUCUAUCUUCAAAUAAGUCUGGCUCAAUUAGAGAACACAUAGUGAAGAACAACUCGCUUGUUGAAGCGGUGGUUGACAAACCUGUACUUCUGUUAUGGGUCUGGCCUGAAAAUUACAGAUUCAGUCUGAGUGACUGUAAAACUAUUUACAACAUCGAUGGCUGUCACCUGACGGAUAAUAGAUCCCUCUAUGAAAACUCAGAUGCUGUGCUUUUUUUCCAUAAAGGUAUUAGUCUAUCCUCACUUCCUAAAUCACCUCGCCCUCCAUUCCAAAAGUGGAUAUGGAUGAAUGUCGAAUCGCCACACAACACACGUAAAUUUCCAGGAACUAGCAACCUGUUUAAUCUGACUCUCAGUUAUAGAGAGGAUUCUGACAUUCCUGUGCGGUCACGACUGAUCAGCAGAAAGAUCCCAGAUGAGAAUUUUGAAAUUCCCAAAAAGGAAAAACUCGUCUGUUGGAUUGUGAGUAACAAGGCUAAGUAUACAGGUGCUGGCAUAAGAGAAGCUUAUUUCCAAGAACUUAGCAAGUAUGUCAAGGUAGAAGUGUAUGGAAAAGCUUAUGGAACCUUCCUGGAUUAUAAAAACUACUUUCCCACCAUAGCUAGCUGUAAAUUUUAUCUCUCCUUUGAGAACUCCAUUCACAAGGACUACAUCACUGAGAAGUUAAAUGGACCUCUUUCAGUAGGUACUGUACCUGUGGUGCUGGGUCCUCCCAGAAAAAACUAUGAACGGUUCAUACCGGGUGACUCCUUCAUUCAUGUGAACGACUUUCCAGAUGCAAAGGCACUUGCAGAAUAUCUUACGCGUCUGGACCAGGAUGAAGAAGCCUAUCGCAAGUACUUUAACUGGAGGAGAUAUUUCUCAGCACGACCUCAUUUAAUAUUAAAGAACCAAGAGUUUGUUCUGGCUAUUUGUACGGCCUGUGAAUAUGUAGGAAGGCACAGGGAAUAUAAACAAAUUCCCGAUAUCUAUGAAUGGUUUUUCAACUAAUGUCACUGCUAAUGCAUGUUACAGCUAUGAGGAAAUAAAUCAUCGUUUUCAUUAUAUUCUUUAUAUGAAUACAUAAUUUUGGUUUUCUGGUAAAACAUCCCUGUAAUAUUUUAAAUGUAUGAUUUUUGUAUAUUUCAUAAUUUGUCCAAAGUCGUCUUCUAUAUGAAUAAAUGAAAAUGUGUGUGUGGGUUCAUUAUUCUGGGACACUGUCCAUAUAAAAUACAUAUUUCCAAUUGACUGGGGUGGUGCAUUUUAAUUGAAGUCAAGUGCUGUACUGUGAUUUUGGGGAAUUGAGGUGGAUGAACUGAAUUUCUGGUAUUAUUUAUUGGUUGGGAUUGGGGGUUGGUUAUCUUCAGCCUUUUCUCAAACCUCUCAACAUAGCUCGCCUUUUAACCAAUAAAUAAAUUGUAAGAAAAUAAAAAUAAAGAUGUAUUUGACUAAAUUAUGUUUUAAUGAGCAAGACAGACAUUUGGGUGGGCUGAGCUCACAUCUGUCCAUGCAUAGAUCCAGCCCUGCCAUUUAAGCUUAGUAUUUUCAGUCUUGAGUGGUGAAUUGCUGUAACUUAUAAAGUUGAAUUAGCUUAAUUUAUUAAGAUCCUGAAUGAGAUUCAAAUAACCGCAACAUUAAAGCAUGUUGUUACUCACUGUGGCCUUUGUCAAAGGAUCUCGAAUUUUCAUUUAUGCAUGUGAUUAUUAACAUUGGUAUUUUUGGGUGUGGAAUCCUUUGCACGCCUUUGUUAACCAGUUUGUUUCCCUCCAGGGCAUUUGUAUUAAAAUACACGAGCUCUUUUCAAAACUCAUGUUUAAUAAUAAUGGCUUCUUCAGAAUGUGU